AUGGACAGGGACAGAGCUACGGACAAUGUCGUCCAUAAGCAGGUUGACGAUGCAGACACGGGUGUCGAUACUUAUGCUGCCAUUAUGGCGACACAGAAGCCCGAUCCUCGAGGGCCGGGAUACAUCAAGUUGUAUGUUCUUGCCUCUAUGGUAUUUCUGUGUUCAACCAUGAAUGGCUUCGAUAGUUCUCUUAUGGGAUCCAUCAAUGCGUUGCCUAACUACACUGAGUACUUUGGAUUACCAGCCAACGGAAACACGAGCACCGGCAUCGUGUUUGCCAUCUUCCAGGUCGGUCAAAUGUGCGGUGCCCUUUUUAUCUGGAUGGCAGAUUGGUACGGUAGAACAUGGCAUAUCUUUUUCGGUUGCCUAGGAGUAUGUAUUGGGACAAUAGUGACCUCCCUUGCUACCAAUCUGCCCAUGUUCAUUGGAGGACGGUUCAUCUUGUCCUUUUUCGCAACCUGCGCUCAUACCUCUGCACCUCUGUACCUGGUCGAACUUUCUCCUGCCGCAUACCGAGGAACAAUUGCUGGCAUGUACAACACCUUUUACAACGUGGGCUCCAUCUUGGCGACGUCGGCAGUUUACGCAUGCCAUCUCCACCUCAGCGACAAGGGCGAUUUGGACUGGAGAAUUCCUCUUUGGCUGCAAAUGGUCUGCCCGGGCCUUGUGUGCUUGUUGAUCAAGUUUUUCCCAGAGUCGCCUCGUUGGCUCGUUGCCAAGGACCGACAUGAGGAGGCCAGAAACAUCAUCGCAACUUAUCAUACCAACGGCGACCUGGACCACCCACUGGUUGACUUGCAGAUGAGGGAGAUGAUCAACUCGAUUGAUCCGGCACACGUUCCGUCUUGGAGAGAUCUAUUCGAUCUGCGAGUUCUGGUCGAGACCCGCUCCAGCCGGUACAGGUUGAUGCUUAACAUCGCUUUCUCCUGGUUUGGUCAGUUCAGUGGUAACAACAUCAUCUCGUACUACCUCCCCAUCAUGCUUUCAGGUGUUGGCAUCACCGACACAAACAUUAAGCUAAUCCUCAACAUCGUCUACUCUGUUAUUGGUUGGGUGUUCUCGACUGCCGGUUCGCGCCUCCACGACAUCGUCGGCCGCCGCAAGAUGCUUAUUGCCACAACUUCAGGGAUGGCUGCGUGUCUCGCAAUUGUCGCCGGCUGCUCCGCCGGUUACACAGAGUACGGAAACAAAACAGCCUCCACCGUUAGCAUUGCCUUCAUCUUCAUCUUUGGCGCAGUAUUCUCUGCGGGAUUCACUCCGAUGCAGCCCAUAUAUCCAGCAGAGGUUGUCAGUAACAAAAUGCGUGCCAAAGCCAUGGGCACGUUCAAGUUGACAGCUGGUGCUGCUGGAUUUCUCAACACCUUCGUUGGACCAACUGCCCUUGCAAACAUUGGAUACUGGUUUUAUGUCUUUUUUGUUGCUUGGGACAGCUUUGAAAUCUUGUUCAUGUACUUCUUUUUCGUGGAGACCAAGGGCUUUACAUUGGAGGAACUAGACGAGAUAUUCGAGGCCAAGAACCCACGAAAAGCAUCUGUCGAAGCGAAGAAGAGACAGAAGCAAAUCAUUAGGGAAGGAGGAGUAGUGGCAUAG